AUGGCUUUCCAGCAGCCAACUGUGCAGAGGCAACAAACCGUACAAGUCCAGCCUGCGCCAUCAACACGGUCUAUACCUCAACAACAACCGCAACCUACAGAGUCGCAAGAAUGGAUCCUGUUCGCUCCAGAAUCUCAAACUGGCUCAAGCACCCACCACACGGAGACUCGGACUCCAGGUUUGACCAACCAAAGUGAGCUUGGUUACCUCAAUUCAACUGGGAGGUCAGGUCAACCUGGCUCGUCCAUACUUGAUGAGGAAGCAACAGAGGACGCCGAACUGGAUAGCCUAGAUGACGGGUUACACGCCUUUCGAGAACCUACUCUCUUCCCAACCAUGACGCAUCAGAGUAAUGGCACUGUUCCAGUACUUCCUGCUCACGAUGGACUAGGUUCUUUUCAAGCAUCGAGUGCUCCCGUGCUAGAACAACUAUGGCGUCACGAACAAUUCAACACCAAGCGAAAGCACGAAGGUCACCACCGACGUCCCUCCAGCGUACAACGUCACCUAGAUACCAUUGAUGAGUUUGAGGCACAAGCAAGUGAAGAGAAGAGGUUGAGGAUAGAGAAGUGGCGCAUAGAUCAAUCGCAAGCACUGAUGGAAGAGGUGGAGAAGGAAACACGAAGGCGUAUACGCAGGUCGUCCGCACACCCUUUGAACAUGGAUGCCAGUGUACAAGAGGUACUGGGUUCAACACCGAAACAGAGUGAUUACAUGUCCUCGAAUAGGCCGCGACCUGCCACCGAGCAAGAAGACUCCGAAGCCGAGCCUUUUUGGAGGAGGAUAACCCGGAAGUUUAUUAGAGAUAUCAUAGGCAUUGAUGAUCCAUUACUUUCCGUCAUUCUGGGCGAGAGCUUACCUGGCGAAGAAACUCCACGAGCUACUUCUCCAGCGCCGGACGACGCCAGGUCUAAGCAAGAGUCUCACGAGGACAAUAGUACGGACGCUGGCUGGAGGGACAAGGUUCUUCACAGAAUUGCACAAGAGUUGGGUGUAUUUCCAUCACAACUGACUCCCCAUCCUGGAGCCUUCACUACCUACCCUCUACACAACGCCGACUACGCUGGCAUGCCUAUCAGCAUAUCCAAACCCAGAUCCAUUCCUGCUCCGGCAGCCACACAAACAAUAACAACACCAAGCUUCACAUCCAACACAGAACCUAAAUUCAUACCAACCUUGCGCGACGACACUCACGCCGAAGGCUGGGGUCUCGAAGAAGAACCGUCACCUGCCGAAAUCGAAUCCAGCCUCAACCUAAAGAGGGAACGAGAAUACUGGGAAAGAGAACUAGACGUCAAAAUGGUCUUCCGCUACCUCAAGGACAGAUUAUUCUCCUCUUCCUCGUCCCCAUCACAAGAACCAGCAGUCCAACAGCAAAGACCUCAAAUCCUGCAGAGAGACGAUUCAGCACACCGCGCCGCCAUCAUCCGCCAGCACCAUCCUCUCGUCAACCGAGCACACCGUUCCUCUGUACUGACACGACGUGAUUCGAGGAUAGCUGCGCGUCGACCUAGUAGCAGCUGUGCGAGCGAAUCGCUGAAGGGUUCUAGGAAAGCGUCUGCAUUACGGAGUGGGUCGUCGAGGAAUUACUGGGAUAUUGGAGGUAGUGUUGGUAGUGGGAGUGUGUUAGCAUCAAGCGGCAUGAUUGGUAAUUGGGGUCAGGUUUAG